AUGUCCUUACAAGGGAAAGUUACGUUGAUCAUAGGGGUUGACCUCGACAACGGAGCCCAUCGAGCUCAAUCAUUUGCAAAUCAAGGCGCAUCAUUUGCUCUUCACUACUACUCUACUCAUAAUCUGGCAAACAUCCAACGACUGGGAGCUGGGCUACGUACGCUCUGUCCGAACAGCAGGAUCACCUUCCAUGAGAGUGAUCUUGAGUCAGCCAGUGAUAUCAAGGCAAUGUUCCAAGACGUGGUCGCACACCAUGGUGAGAUUGAAUACGUCAGCACUCCAGAUGGCGGUGUUACCACCCGGCCAGAGAGCGUCCCAGCCGGAUCGAAUCACCACGAUAUGUUCUGGUACAGAGUCUUCCUUUAUCAACAAGCCAAGGCGGCAGAGCGCAGACACGCGGAUUUCUUGCUCAACAUAUCAUUGGCAGGCUGAGACUGCUCCGCGACUACAGCAAUGAUCCUGCAGUCUGAAACCUUGAUUCGAAACAUUGCCGAUCCUGAGCACCAACAUCGCACGCUGCGGACCGCAUUUUGCCAUACCAGUCGCAUACAGUACGAUCACGGCCAGAGAACCAUUUGGAUGGAAGGCAGCGACCUCCAAAGUUAUGGACAGCCUUUCAGGGUCGGAACACAUGCUUCCGAACAAUAUAUGAGCUCCUCCUCAUGUUCGGAUAGACCUCUUGUUUUUGUAUCGUUGGGUUUAGCCUUGAGCCCAGUCGAUGAGAAGU